GUACGCCUUCAGCGCAUGCAGAAAGCCAUGCGGAAAUGGUGGCUACUACGCUCCAGGCUGGAGUCGUGGUUGGUGGACACAGCCGAGGUGCUCCUGCAGCAGAAGGCGGAGCGUGACGAGCAGCUAAGGUUGGAGGAAGAAGAACGCCUCAGAGCUGAGGAGGAUGCACGCCUCAAGGCACAGGAGGAAGAGCGCCUUAGGGCGCAGGAAGAAGAGCGCUUGAGGGCUGAAGCAGAGGCCGAGCGCUUAAGAGCUGAAGAGGAGGCCGAACGCCUCAGGGCGGAAGCAGAGGCAGAGAGGUUGAUGGCUGAGGCGGAGGGAGAGCGCCUCAGGGCUGAGGCAGAGGAGCAUCUCAAAGCUCUGGAAGAAGCACGACUUUUCGCUUUGGAGGAGGACAGGCGUCUGAGAGCUCAGCAGCAGGAAUGCUUCAGGGGCCAAGAGGAGGAUCGCCUGAGGUCUGAGGAUGAAGAUGAUUCAUAUGAUUCAGAGGAUGUGGAUGGGGAUGAAGAGGAUGACGAGGAGGAUGAGGCAGAGGAUCAGGAGCUUCAAGCAGCUCAGGAAGAGGAACAUCUCCGAGCCGUUGAGGAGCGCCGCCUGAGGGCCCAGGCAGAAGAGCGCUUCAGGGCCGAAGAGGCCGAACGUCAACGAGCUCAGCAGGGCGAUGUUCUACGAGCCGAGGAGGAGCGCCAGCGACAGGCAGGCGAACUGCAACGGCAGCAAGAGCUUGAGCGACGGCGUGCCGCGGAG